AUGGCUUUUAAGGACACCGGAAAGACGCCUGUGGAACCGGAGGUGGCCAUUCACCGGAUUAGGAUUACCCUAACCAGCCGCAACGUAAAAUCCCUGGAGAAGGUGUGUGCCGACUUGAUCAGAGGCGCAAAGGAGAAGAACUUGAAGAUAAGGAUCCACAAGCGUUUCAUUGACUUGCAUGGUCCUUCUGAGAUUGUCAAGCAGAUCACCUCCAUCAGCAUUGAGCCUGGAGUAGAGGUUGAAGUGACCAUUGCGGAUGCCUAA